UUCGCUUGACGGUUUACUUGGCUGAGGUCUUUCAUUCCAUGGUGAAGAGCUCAUCGCAACUUUCUGUUAAUGUUUCUUCAAGCUUCUUGCCGCCGCUUUCUAUCCACGAGUGCAUACGCCAUGGCCGGACGAUGCCCAGCUGCCAACCAGCUCCUCAACUACAGGGAGGAGCAGAAGGAGAGCACAACGACCUCGACUAGCUGGGGCGCACCCGUUGACAUUGCCACUGCCUCGCAGACCGUCGGCCCCCGUGGUCCCAUGCUUCUGCAGGAUGCCAACUUCAUUGACAACCUUGCACACUUUGACCGCGAGCGUAUCCCGGAGCGUGUGGUCCAUGCCAAGGGCGCAGGUGCGUUCGGUGAGCUUGUGAUCACCGAGGACAUCUCCAAGUACACCAAGGCCUUGGCACUGCAGAAGGGCACCUCCACCCCGGUGGCAGUCCGCUUUUCCACAGUCGGUGGCGAAGCUGGUAGUGCCGAUACGGUGCGUGAUCCGCGUGGCUUUGCCGUCAAGCACUACACCGACGAUGGCGUCUGGGAUCUGGUCGGAAACAACACACCAAUCUUCUUCAUCCGCGACCCAAUCCUCUUCCCCAACUUCAUCCACACGCAGAAGCGCAACCCACGCACUCACUUGAAGGACCCAGACAUGUUCUGGGACUUUAUCUCUCUGCGACCGGAGACGACUCAUCAGGUGUCCUUCCUCUUCAGUGACCGUGGUAUUCCUGAUGGCUACCGCCACAUGAACGGCUAUGGCAGUCACACGUUCAAGCUGGUCAACAGCGAGGGCGUUGCACACUAUUGCAAAUUCCACUACAAGACGUCCGAGAGCAAGAAUCUCCUCCCCAACAAGGCCGGCCCGAUCUCAGGCGAUGACCCAGACUAUGCCAUCCGUGACUUGUACAACGCCAUUGAGCGCAAGGAAUUCCCAACGUGGAAGUUCCAGAUCCAGGUCAUGACUUUCGAGCAGGCCGAGACCUACAAAUACAAUCCGUUUGAUCUGACCAAGGUUUGGUCUCACAAGGACUUCCCACUGAUUGACGUCGGUACAAUGACACUGAACCGCAACCCAGAGGACUAUUUCUCAGAGGUGGAGCAGAUCGCGUUCAGCCCCAGCCACAUGGUUCCCGGCAUUGAGCCGUCACCAGACAAGAUGUUGCAGGGUCGUCUCUUCUCCUACACCGACACCCACCGCCACCGCCUUGGUGCCAACUACCAGCACCUGCCCGUCAACGCUUCCAAGAAGACGCCGCAGGCCAACAGCCACCGUGACGGCCCCAUGUGCAUGUUCAACCAGGCUGGUGCACCCAACUACUUCCCCAACAGCUUCAAGGGUCCAGUAGAUAGACCCGAUGCGCGUCACUCCAAGAUCAGCUACUCUGGUGAUGUGGAGAAAUACAACUCGGCUGAUGAGGACAACUUCUCACAGGUUGGUGUAUUCUACAGGGAGGUGCUGAACGCGGAGGAGAGGCAGCGUCUCGUUGAGAACAUUGCCGGUCACCUCAAGGAUGCCCUGCCCGAGAUCCAGAAGCGCACUGUGGCCAACUUUUCCCAGGCUGAUGCCGACUAUGGUGCUGGCAUCCAAAAGCUGCUUGACGGCUACAACAAGUAAACAACACCGCUAUUGGAUACGAAAUAAUGCACACAACAUCGUUGCUACUUGUUGCUUCACCGCACAACAUCACUGCUACUUGUUGCUUUACUACACAACUUUCUCCCUCUGCUGCUCCUGCUACUGCUGUUGCUUGUCUUCAUCUGUGUUGGCUUCUUUAGGUUUUUUUAAAUAUAAAUUUGAAGUGAUGCCAUUGUGCCAUGCCGGUGAGACGAUUUACUAGCUCUGCUACUGCUGUUGCUGCUACGUGCCCUCCCCUGUCUUCUUGGUGCCCAAUACCUCCUGAUGCUCUGCUGGUCUGCUCAGUGGUUUAGAAGAUAGUGUGCGAAUUGAUUCGGGUAAUGCUUCAUCUAUUUUGCGCAUGGCGUUAUUUGCUGAUCGCUACCCCUGCAUGGGUAGACCAGAGCCUAUAUCUUUCCUCUAAAAAAAAUGAAAUAGUGUGCAACUAGCUUAUCGCUGCACCGACACAACUUAAAGUGACAAGACAAUCUUGGAAUACACAACGGACGAGAUUCCAGCUA